CCAGAAGACUGGAUCUUUGAAGAGCAUUGGGCAACCCCCAUGGUCAUAUUCGGAAUCAGCAUGGUCGAUAACCUAUAACCCACUAGAUUUCCAUCAAAAAGCGAAAUAUCACCUCGCGAGGUUUCCUUGUGAGAUUCAAAGUAAGAAAAAACUGAGAAUUUUUUUAUAGGAAAAGAACAAUUAGAUGAUAAGUUACACUUAAACCGUGAAAGAUAUGGAAUUAGCGAACUUCAUACGGUGAGUGAAUGAAUGCUGAAGAUUUGUAAUUAACUUGAAUACUUUUAGAAUAUUGUCGAUCAGAACGGUGUUAAAUCCUAUGUAGUGAUACAGCCAGAAGACAGACGAUGUGAUUUAGAACCAAAUCAUACACAUUUUCUUUUAUUUGAUGAUGGCGAUGUUAAAGCUGAUAACGUGUUAAAUCAACGUGGUGAAAUCGAAAAAUAUUCAAGACGAAUUGAAAUUGAUAAUGAGAAAACAAAAGAUAUUGAACAAUCGAUAAAAGAAUAUGGUAGGGUGCCUAUUGUGAUGGUAUUAGUAGAAGGAGGACCAUCUUCAAUCAAAACUAUAUGCAAAGCACUCGAAAGUGGUACACCGUUAGUUGUCAUUAAAGAAUCUGGUAGAGCAGCUGAUUUAAUAGCCGAUAUACUUGCAAUUUUAUUAACGGAUAAUAAUGUUGAAAACGAACGUCCAAAAACAGCUGCUAAAACAAACAAUAAAAGUGAUGAAAUUAGUCAAUUAGUCGAUAACGCUGAUUGGCUCAAAGAAGCUGAAGAAGUUAAAGAAGAAUUGUGUAAAACUUUACGUGAAAGAAAAAUGUUAGUCACAAUUUUUAAAUUCGAUAGUGUAAAACACCAUGGAAAUCUUGAGGAUGCUAUAUUAGAAGCUUUAUUCAACGCUGCCAAAUUUGCUGAAGUCGAUGAUGAACAACAUCUGCGAUUGGCUAAAUUAAAACUAACCAUGGAAGAAGAUUUACAUACUGCGCUGAUGGAUGCUUUAAGGCGUGGACUAGUUAAUUUUGUGGAAUUACUAUGUGAAUUUGGUGCAUCGUUAGAAAAAAUAACAGAAAAAAAUUUAGGCCAAUUAUACGCAUUCGGAAUUACUCAGUAUAAUGAUCAUUUGCCGUUGAAAGAUGAGCAAGGAAAAAUAAAAAAUUCUUAUUAUAAUCAAUAUUUAAGAAAUUUCAUUCAGGGGACUAACACAGAGACAAUGCUUGGUAAAAAUGCGCCAAGAGAUUUGUUCUUAUGGGCGAUAUUUCUCAAUCGUCUCGAAUUAGCAAAAUAUUUAUGCUCAAAAACAUGGAAUCAAUCUGUUGCUCCAUUAUUUGGUGCCAAAAUUUAUCGUUUGGCAGUAAAAUCAACAUUAGAUCCAGAUAAACAAGAGAAAUAUGAAAAUUAUGCCAUGCAGUUUGAUACAUAUGCAAAUGCUUUAAUUGAUACGUGUUUUGAUAAUGAUGAAAACUUUGCUGUCGAUAUUCUCAAGCGACCAGCACAAGCAUUAUUCAAUGUUGAUGUAUUAAAAUUAGCACUAGACGCUGAUUGUCGAUCGUUUCUAGCAUCGAGAACAGUACAAAAAUAUUUAGAUAAUAAAUGGUAUGGUAAUAUUAAUUAUAAACGACCAUGGAUCAAUUUUAAGAUAUUUUUCGUUGUAUUUUUAAUAUUAUUCAGUUUUGUAUUACUUGUUGAUUAUUUUCCACUUAAUAUUUAUAAUGAAAAACGUUCGGGGAUAAAAAAUCUUCAAAUACCAAUAACAGAAAUGUUUUUACAUAUUUGUAUUUGGAGUUUGAUAUUGGAAGAAAUACGACAGUUUGUACUUACGGACAACUAUUCAGAUUAUUUUGAAGAACUUUGGAAUAUUUUUGAUUUAACUGCUUUCGCACUUUAUCUUAUUGGUUUUAUUACGCGUUUUAUUGUUAACGAAACUCUCUUUGCAAUUUCAAAAAUAUUUUUAUGUCUUGAUUUAAUCGUAUGGUUUGUUCGUACAUUGCAUUUAUUUGCUGCCUACGAAAAACUUGGACCAAAACUCAUUAUGAUAUAUAAUACGAUGAAAGAUCUAUUGUUCUUUGUUUGUUUUAUUCUCAUAUUUUUAUUUGCUUUUUCCAUUACAUCAUGGUCAUUAAUAACAACUACCGUCCAAGUAAAUUGGAUCUAUACCGACGAUGGAAAAUUAUUUAAUGCAACUGUUCUCAAUGCCGGAAGUGGAUUGUGGACAUGGAGAUAUUUAAGAGAUGUAACAAACCAUGGAAUAUGGAAAGUAUUUGGUCAAGUAGACCCUUUCGAUGGAAAUGAUCCUUACAAUGACGUUGCAUGGGUAUUAGCAAUUAUCUUCGUUACCGUUUCAAAUGUAUUAUUAUUAAACGUUUUAGUAGCGUUAUUUAAUGUAACUAUUCAAAAAGUUCAAGGAAAAUCCCAUAGUUUAUGGCGAUAUCAACGAUUUUUGAUUGUCAAUGAGUAUUCAAAAAAAACACCAUUGCCACCACCGUUCAAUACUUUUUAUUAUGUUUUUACGAUAAUUCGAUGGUUGUUCAGACAAAUUCAUUUGUGUCGUCGACAUGUAACGGCAUCCAUUGAUAAUAUCCCAUUAAAAAUCAGAACUCAAACUUUAGUCAACGAACCAAAAAUAACUGAUUUUAUGCAACGAGAAAGUGCAAUUGCCGAAGAUUAUUGGAGAUAUACAUUACGACAUGAAGAGAAAAGUCGAACAGAAAUAACAUUAGAAAGUUUAGAGCAAAAAUUAGAAGAACUUAAAACUCGAGUACAACAAAUAGGAAACGUAAGCCACAGUAAUUCUAUUACUUAUAGUGUUGAUUACUUUUAUAUAUGA